AGUAACCAUAUGGGAGGAACCCAAUCGUAAAUGCUGUGGCAACGCAAUUUACUGCUAGCUUGCCAUCUCUGUUGGCAUAAACAGGAUUUCUCAGAUUGAUCCUGCUUUAAACACGUUCAUGGUACAACGCCGUUAACAGAAGACACAAUCUUUCGGGAGAUGGCGUUGUGGGCGCAGACUCAGCAGCUGCAGGGGGAGGCUCUGCACCAGAUGCAGUCACUCUACGGCCAGCACUUCCCCAUCGAGGUGCGCCACUACCUGGCCCAGUGGAUCGAGGGUCAGCCAUGGGAUGCCGUUGACCAUGAAAACACACAAGAGGAGUUCAAAGCCAAGCGCUUGUUGGAGAGCCUGAUCCAGGAGCUGCAGAAGAGGGCAGAACACACUGUGGGAGAGGAUGGCUUCCUACUCAAGAUCAAACUGGGCCACUACGCAACCCAGCUGCAGACGGCCUAUGACCGCUGUCCCCUAGAGUUGGUGCGGUGCAUCAAACACAUCCUCUGCACGGAGGAGAGACUGGUGCAGGCUGCUAAUAAUGUGAACUCUAGCAGGGGCGGGCUGGUGGACGGCACAUCUCAGAGGUACCAGCAGAUCAACCAGGCCUUUGAGGAACUGCGGGUGAUGACUCAGGACACAGAGAACGAGCUGCGCAAGCUCCAGCACAGCCAGGAGUACUUCAUCAUUCAGUACCAGGAAAGCCUGCGCAUACAAGCUCAGUUGAGUAAUCUGGCCAGCCUGCCCCCAGCGGAGCGUGUGCAGAGAGAGACCACCCUGCAGAGCAAGCGCACCACACUGGACGGCUGGCUGACCCGCGAGGCCAACACGCUGCAGAAGUUCAGACAGGAGCUGGCUGAGAAGCAGCAGACGACGCUGGCCCUGUUGCGGAAGCAGCAGACGGUGAUCCUGGACGACGAGUUGAUCCAGUGGAAGAGACGUCAGCAGCUGGCUGGAAACGGCGGGCCCGCGGAGGGAGGCCUGGACGUGCUUCAGUCCUGGUGUGAGAAGCUUGCUGACACAAUCUGGCAGAAUCGUCAGCAAAUCCGGCGAGUGGAACAUCUUACCCAGCAGCUACCCAUCCCAGGGCCCACUGAGGACCUGCUCAAGGAGCUCAAUGCCACUAUCACCGACAUCAUAUCUGCCUUAGUCACCAGCACUUUCAUCAUAGAGAAGCAGCCUCCUCAGGUCCUGAAGACUCAGACGAAGUUUGCGGCAACAGUGCGUCUGCUGGUGGGAGGCAAACUGAACGUGCACAUGAACCCGCCGCAGGUCAAGGCCACCAUCAUCAACGAGCAGCAGGCCAAGGCUCUGCUCAAGAACGAGAGCACCAGAAAUGACAGCAGUGGGGAAAUCCUGAACAACAACUGUGUGAUGGAGUAUCACCAGACCACAGGCACCCUCAGUGCACACUUCAGAAACAUGUCUCUGAAGCGCAUCAAGCGGUCCGACAGGCGUGGGACCGAAUCUGUGACUGAGGAGAAGUUUACCAUUCUGUUUGAGUCGCAGUUCAGCGUGGGGGGAAAUGAACUCGUCUUUCAUGUCAAGACUCUGUCUUUGCCUGUGGUGGUGAUUGUUCAUGGAAGUCAAGACAACAAUGCCACAGCCACCGUGCUUUGGGACAAUGCUUUCUCUGAGGCCGGAAGGGUGCCCUUCGUGGUGCCUGACAAGGUGCUUUGGCCCCAGCUGUGUGAGGCCCUUAACAUGAAGUACAAAGCGGAAAUGCAGAGCAACCGGGGCCUGUCGGAGGAGAACCUGGUCUUCCUGGCGCAGAAGGGCUUCAACAGCACCGGGGUCAACGCAGAAGACUACCGCAACAUGACCAUGACCUGGUCCCAGUUCAACCGGGAGAGUUUACAAGGCAGGAACUUCACUUUCUGGCAGUGGUUUGAUGGGGUCAUGGAGCUGAUGAAGAAACACUUGAAGGCCCACUGGAAUGAUGGUGCAAUCCUUGGCUUCGUGAACAAGCAGCAGGCGCAGGACAUGCUGCUGUCCAAGCCCAACGGCACCUUCCUGCUGCGCUUCAGCGACUCUGAGAUCGGCGGCAUCACCAUCGCGUGGGUGGCCGAGAACCCCAACAAAGCUGGUGAGAGGAUGGUGUGGAAUCUGAUGCCCUUCACCAGUAAAGACUUCUCCAUCCGCUCCUUGGCUGACCGCAUCAGUGAUCUCAAUCACCUGCUUUUCCUUUACCCCAACCAACCCAAAGAUGAGGUCUUCUCCCGAUACUGCACACCUCCUCUGUCAAAAGCAGUAGAUGGCUACGUCAAACCGGAGAUCAAACAAGUUGUUAAAGUGGAGUUCUCGUCCCCGAACCCUGAGCCGUCUCCUGGGACUCCGUCCUUCAUGGACCAUGCAGUGUCCCCCACCGUCAGCCAACAGCAGACCUUCAGUCUCUACCCGCCCGUGAGUGACUCCAUGCUGGAUGCAGAUGGCGACUUUGACCUGGACGAGACCAUGGACAUGGCGCGGCAGGUGGAGGAGUUCCUCAGGCAGCCCAUGGAGACUCGCUGGGGAGGACAGCAGUCAUGACAACCUUGCAUCAGUAAUUGGCCGGGUUUCCCCAGAAUUGUUAAGAAGCUCUUAAGUGCUAAGAACUUCUUAGGAGCGUUGUAAGAAUGUUCUAAGAACGCUCCUAAGAAGUUCUUAGCACUUAAGAGCUUCUCAACGAUUCUGGGAAACCCGGCCCUUACUCGUUCAACUCAUAGACCUCUUUCUGACCCAAAUCUUGUCCAGUGUAUGUACUGUACGUCACACCUUUUAAUCUAAACUAGCAUGUCCCUUCCUCUAGCCUCUUACCUGAGUCGUUGAAUGUCCAUUGUGCAGCCUUCCUCACCCCUCUCCACUCCACAACACAACGAAGACAAUUGAAAAUUCCAAUUGUUUUUUUUAAUGUAUUAAUGUAUUUUUUUGAUUUUCGUUUUUUGUUUUGCUGUUUUGUUUUUAUUAAUGUGAAGCAGGGAGUUGGAAUUCUACUCUGGUUUGUUGCAAUGAAGUCAGGAAAAGGGAAAUCAACAAACAUAGAUGUUGAGGAUCACUUGAUGCAAGUGAUGGCAUACCUACCGAGUUACAGUAUUAUAAUGCUUCUGCAGUUUUUAGAGCUUGAUGUAACAACAAAGUUAUCUCCAUAUCACCAUAUUCUUGCCAAAAACAGUUUAAUUCACUUCCAUUUCAAAUGCAACACAAGUUUCAAGACUUUAAAAUUGGAAAGGAUAUGCGCUGCAUUAGACGCUGGUAGUAGUUGCCACCAGGCACAAUAGUCAAAGUUUAACAAUGUUGAACUUUGACCGUGGUGUGUGUGUGUGUGAGGGCUAGCUGAGAGGUAGGCUGAUGCCUGCAUCACACUUUGUUCAGUAAAGCGGCAAAUUGUUAUUGCGCCACACAAGCCAUUGAAAAUAAUGGGUUUCAGAGCGCAGCGUUACUGUUGUCGUAUCCUGUGUGUGAGGCACUUCAGGAGUAACUAAAAACAAAGCACUUGCUUCUAACAGCGCAGAGAAUAAUCAUGAUUUUAUUUAAACCGGCCCUUCAUCAGAUUAUCACAAUGGUUGAGCUGAUUCUUGAUUUAAAAGUACAGUACAGUGGGGUUUUGUUUGUACGUUAUUUGUUUGUCCUUAGACUUUCCACACCGUAUGGCAAUCCAAACGUCCCUUUAACCUGAAAUGUGCCUGCCCCAAAGUUUGCUGUUGUCCUCCGUACCUCUAUAGAUACACACACAGACACAGACACAGACACAGACACAGACACAGACACAGACACAGACACAGACACAGACACAGACACAGACACAGACACAGACACAGACACAGACACAGACACAGACACAGACACAGAGCGCUUUCUCUCUCCUCACCCCUGUGUGCCUUGAGAGCCGAAGUUUAUCAAGUACUGAAACCAAAGUCGAGUUGUCCGAUAUUUCCUUCUUCUAUUGGCAUAUUCUGUGCUUUUUGGCAGAAAUAAUCUUACACUAUUUUGGGAAUAAAUUGCAGUUUGUUUCACGGGAUGUGAAACAUCCUUUGUAAACCUUGAUACCUAUCGUACAGAGUGACCAGGUGACCAGGUGACCACGUUCAUGCCCUCAUGUUGCUGUUAUAAAUUGAGGAAUGAACAAUUUGCACAGUCCUAGAUAAUCCGAACGAAAAAAUUGACUUGGCAGAUAGCUAUGUAUUCUGGGAUUUGCCCCACGUUGUGCAACUUUGUUGACUAGUUUGCUGACUGCUAGUGCCACUGAAGUUGUAUAUGGGUGGUGCUCUGCUGCUAGUUCCCAACAGUCUUUGUCUCAGUGUUUCCUUGGAAACAGUCUUGGAUUGGACCAUUGAAUUAUGUCCAUGAAUGGAAACUACAGCCAUAUGGCGCCACCAGCAGGCCUUAUAGUGCUACUGUAUCUAUGCACUUACACACCACACCAGAGGAUAUCCUGAUUGUGAUAUGGCAGUGAAGGACUCAGUUGUGAGGUGGCCUUCUGUGUGGGCAAUUUCCUACAAAGUUCAGAAGGGUAUCUUGGUCAGAUCUGCACUCUGGUCGAGGGAGGUUGGUCUUGAAAGUCCUGAGUGGUGCAACACUCCCCCCCCCCCCCCCCC